AUGUCAAAAUCAUGGUCAUCAACGCUUAGGCUUCCCAAAUCUGCGUUUCCUCCGCGACCGCUGCCGGCCCUCCGAGACCAAUACCUUCGAAGAUGCACCGACGACUUUUAUAAGUGGCAGGCGGCGAACCGCCCCGAGGGGAAGCCCUUUGUUCUUCACGAUGGGCCGCCGUAUGCCAAUGGUGACCUCCAUGUCGGUCACGCGCUCAACAAGAUCCUCAAGGAUAUGAUUUUGCGGGUCAAGGUGCAGCAAGGUUAUCGAGUUACAUAUCGACCGGGAUGGGACUGCCAUGGCCUCCCAAUUGAGCUCAAGGCUCUCGGCGCAGCCGGUGCAAAGAAUCUUACCGCUAGCGAAAUCCGUACAACUGCCCGAAAGCUUGCCUCCGACACGAUCUUGAAGCAAAUGGCCGGAUUUAAAUCGUUCGCUGUCAUGAGUGACUGGGACGCGCGUUGGGCGACGAUGGACCCCGAGUUCGAGAUCCAGCAGCUCCGGCUGUUCCAGCGCCUAGUCCGUCAGGGCCUAAUAUAUCGGAGACAUAAGCCCGUAUACUGGUCACCUUCUUCCGGAACAGCCUUGGCAGAAGCAGAACUUGAGUAUAAGGACGACCACAUCUCUACGUCGGCCUUUGUCAAAUUCCCGAUUGUGGGAGACUGGGCUUCUGUGCUGGAAUUGGAUAAUUUUAUUGGGCAACUCUAUGCUGUGGUUUGGACGACGACCCCUUGGACGCUGCCUGCGAACAGGGCGAUUGCAGUCCAUGACGAUUUGGAAUACUCGAUUGUAAAGCAUGGUUCCGAUGCACUCAUCAUUGCGAGCAGCCGCUUGGAAGUUGUUGAGUCAUGGUCUUCUGAGCCUGUGGAUGUCUUGGUCCCAUCUAUUAAAGGGUCUGUCCUCAAGCAGCUCCAGUACUCCAAUCGUCUCCAUGGUAGCGGAGCGAAGACGUCCCCCGUCAUUCAUGCUGAUCUGGUUUCUGCUACUUCGGGUACUGGUAUGGUUCAUCUCGCGCCUGCGCACGGUUUUGAGGACUACGACGCCUGCCUUGCUCUUGGACUCGACGUUUCCGCCCCGAUAACCGAUGAGGGAUACUUUACUGCGGAUGCCUAUCCCGAUGACCCAGCGCGACUUACAUCGGCGCCGUCAAUCCUAGAGGGUGGUAGCAAGGCAGUGCUGGAGAUUCUCGGUGACGACGUGAUCCACGUUCAUCGGUACGAGCACAAGUACCCCUAUGACUGGAGAACAAAGAAACCCGUUGUUAUCCGCGCCACUGCGCAAUGGUUCGCUGAUGUCGAAAGCAUCAAAGGAGACGCUCUCUCUGCACUUGAGCCGGUCAAGUUCAUUCCGGCGACUGGUAGGACCCGCCUUGAGAGCUUCGUCCAAGGCCGAAGUGAGUGGUGUAUCUCGAGACAGAGGGCUUGGGGUGUUCCGAUCCCUGUAUUGUAUGAUCGCGACGAUAACGCUAUCUACGCCGAUGAGGUCAUCGAGCACAUUAUCUCGACUAUCAAAACGAGAGGUAUCGAUGCUUGGUUCUCCGACAGCCCUGACGAACCCGCUUGGAUAGCCCCUGGACUAUCUGGAGAGUUCCGUCGUGGAAUGGAUACCAUGGACGUCUGGUUUGACAGUGGUAGCAGCUGGAGUCAGACUAAGGGGCAAGCAGAUGUUUACCUCGAAGGCUCUGACCAGCACCGAGGCUGGUUCCAGUCAAGCCUUUUGACUUGGAUUGCUGCCUCCAGGGACAAGGAUGCUGCAAAUGCAGUUUCAAGUGAGCAGCGGACCGCGCCCUUCAAGACCUUGAUUACACAUGGCUUCACCCUUGACACCGAAGGCAAGAAGAUGUCAAAGUCGCUUGGCAACAUCAUCUCCCCAACUCAGGUCAUGGACGGCACACUCCUUCCGCCUAUUAAAAUGAAGGGCAAGGCCGCCAAGGGCCUUCCGCCUACCUUCAACGCACUUGGUGCCGAUAUGCUCCGGCUGUGGACGGCGAGUUCCGAGUAUACACGGGACGUUGCCAUUGGAGAGUCCGUUCUGAAGAAUAUCCAGUCUGCGCUUAUCAAGUAUCGAACUAUCAUGAAGAUGCUUUUGGGGUCGAUGCACGAAUCCGCACGAACAAGCCCACUCACCGCGGUGGAUCACAUUGCAUUGAUCCAUCUUAAGGACACGAUGCAAGAGGUAUCGGCGGCAUACGACAAUCACGAGUUUUACAAGGCGUUCUCGGCCCUGAACAACUGGGUCAGCACUGGGCUGUCUGCCUUUUAUCUCGAGGCCCUUAAGGAUAGACUGUAUUGCGGUGAUGGAGGUGGUGUCCUGGAGCCCCUAUUUUUUGGCUUUUCCCGGAUGCUUUCACCCAUGACGCCGAUGCUUGUUGAAGAAGCAUGGGACAACCGGCCGGAGUGGAUGAAGGCUGAUACUUCCCUCGUUCACCCUCUCCAACAACUCUACGAUGCGCCCCUCUAUCCCGCGUCUAGGUUCAGCAUGAAUGAAGAGGAGCUUAGGAAGGAUAUUCCUGUCAUAUUGGCUACCCAUGCUGCUGUGAAGUCGGCGCUUGAAGCAGCCCGACUUGCCAAGGCCCUCGGUUCUUCGCUACAAAGUUCAGUCGUCAUCUCCGUUCCCGAGGGAGAUGUAGCUGCUGCUUUGAAGAAGUAUUCUGCGGAGCUUGACGGCAUGUUUGUCGUCUCCUCAGUAGACAUUAAUGGUGAGGUUCCCGAGUCUCCUUGGGCGUACGAAGAGAUCUUUGAGGUCAACGGUGUUCAGGGCAAGGUCCACGUCCUACCACCGAAACAGCACAAGUGUGGGAGGUGCUGGCGGUAUUUGGCCGAGAAGGAGGAUAGUCUUUGCGGGAGGUUAUCUGCGAGCAUGCAAGCAGAGCGGCAGGGCCGUGUGUCGAUAGUCGGUGAGGGGAAGUUUUGGACCAACGAGCCGAAUACUGCGAGAGAUACGAUGAACGAGCCUAGUGAGGCGGCGGUGGCGGGAUCCCCCUCGUCUUCAAAGGCUGGGGGGAGCUCGACGGGUGAAGGAGUCCCCGUCACGACUACGACGUCCAGGCUAUCGCGAACCAGCCAGCGAGCGCAGAAACCACGAAGGAGUGGGGGAUUUUUAUUACAGGAUACCGUCGUAGAACAACCAGACCGAGCCGAGGAGAGUCCGCCGCAGAAAAAAAAGCAUUCCAGGAGGCUUUUGCAGAGCAUAAGACCGAAGAGUUCGAAGGCGCAUGAGAAGACCACCUCUGCGAUCAGCCGCGAGGCACCUGCAACAAUCGCCGAGCAGGACACAACGCACACUCAUCCAUCCUCUCCGCCAAAAGCCGAGUUAAAGGUCAAGAAGACAAGAGACCGCUCGCAGGAUCGACCGACUUCUGCCGAGCAGCCGAAACCUGAGCGGUCUGGCCUGGACGUCGAGUCGGCGCAGAUUGUGGAUAUGGCGCUGCGAGUCAGCCAGUCGAGAAGGCUGGCUACGCAACGACCGCCCUCCCAACAAGUCCCGCCUCGCCUUAGCCCGAUUCCCGAUACUACGGCAGUGAGCAGUUUACGACAGCACCUGCUCCAGCAAAGAAAGAUAUCUAGGAACGGGUCCCCUCGACCGGAACGCGCAACGUCGCGGAACGCGCCAGGCCUGCGACACGCUCUCGAAUCCUUCGAUGUUACAGCUCCUGAUGGAGGAUUUCGCUACCAUGUUUCGCGGUCAACUCUUGCUCGGGUACAGAAAGCCAAAGAUUAUAUUGAGCUCAUGGCUCAGUAUCGUCGGUUAAUCGACUACAUGCCCCCUCUCAGAGCCACCGGCGGGACCCAUCCACCUCCGACGCCGGCAUCGAUGCGAUCCUCCCCCCAGACCUCGACAACAUACAAUGCCCUCGGUCGCCCGUAUAAUCCCCUCCAAUAUAUUCGAAACCGCAAGGUGAGAGCACGAGAGCGGCAGGUAAUCGAUGGAAAUGCACAGGGAUUCAACGACGUGGCACAAGUCACAGCUUGGAUUGACGAGAUUGAACACAUAUCGACGAGUGGCGAACAGCCUUCGGCAGCUGAGGCCACGCCACCGCUUCCACUGUACCUGGGAGCGGAGCUGCAGGCGGCCGAUACAACGGCAGCGUUAGCAACUUCGAGCACCUCUGCGAAGCCCAACCGGCCGCGGGUGGAUUGGUUCGUUGAACCUGCAGACAUGAUUGCAGAUGCUUACUGGCUCGAGCAAGGCAGCAAUAAGCUCCUAAUUGAAGACAGGCAUUGGAGUCGGUUAUAUCCUCGAGGCUCGGAGCUGGAGGUGUCUCUUCGGAACAGCCUUCAGCAUAGCGGCGAGCCCUCAAGUGCCGGCGUAUCUCGGCCCGCAACGGGAGAACGGGUGGAAGACUCAGGACUGGACAAACAGCCUGAAGCAAAGGCCCCGAAGGCGGAGGUGGCAGAACCCUUUUCUGGCAGCCCGCGCGAAAGAUCUCGCCUUCAUCCCAGGGGCCAGCACCAUCACCGCCACAAUAGCUCGCUGCAUCUCAAUCACGACUUCCUUCGGCCUCAACGGGGAUCGCUGUCGGAUCUGUCCGACAGCGAUCAUGAUUUCAAAGACAGCAGCCGGUUUAGGAGUGGGACUAUCACGACAACAUCAAAGGAUAUACUAGCAAAACAGAUGAUGGAAAUGAUCGCGAAGGAAGAAAGAGAGGGCGACGUGAGGCCUACCACGCGACCAGAGCCUUUGAAAUCCCCGCCUCCGGUUUCUUACCGUACGCCGGAGAAGGCGAAGAAUGUAUCGUCGAAGCCGCCUAGCCGUCUCCACAGCCGUCAAAAUUCGUUCAACAACGCCAGCGAUUGGGAGGAGAAAAUUCAGGAAUUGUCUUCGUCCCUCCGUCAUCGCCGGCCACAACACGCGAAAUUGGAUAUUCCAAUCGAUAGUGCUCGGGAGUCACUUGAAGCUGUCCGAACGGCUCCCAACUCUCCUGAGCCCGGACCUUCUAGGGAUACCCAUCUCCAGAUAUCCCCCUUGCCUAGUCGCGGAGGUUCACCGACGCGUAAUCCCUUUGCCAAAGUAAAGCAGAUAUUCAGGGACCAGGGCAGGGAUAGGUACACCGUUAAUAUCGACGACAAGAUCCGCGAAAUGGACGUCGAUACUGACCUUUCUAGGUGGACGGCCCCAGAUCCCUUCAUGAGCCAAGCCGACGCAAGCAGGUCGUCGGUUGAGGGCAGGCUGUCUAGUAGUUCCAAUCGCCCUCAGAUUGGAAGACCACCGCAGGAUCUCGGCAAGGGCCAUCGUCGCUUGUCUAGUCUCAAGACAAAGACGGAUGACGCCGGCGGGAUCCGAGGAUUGCUCAAGGCGCCUAGUGCACGUAUUGACACGGUCCUCCGAAACUCAGUGUCGAAACUGGGAGACAUAAUAUGGCGGAAGGAAACCGACCAGACUGACAUGGUUCUAUCCGAAGGAAGCAUCUCGUCUGAUUCGGAUGGCGAAGGUCGGGGCCGAGGAAGACGGGGACCUCGUCGUAGCAGGGAUGACUCUACGGCGGACAGAUCUAAGUCCUAUCUUAGCCAGAUGCCGGAGUUCCAUCACACUGGGCGGCCGCCAACCGCUGCUCCGGGAAGCGGCCGUGGCACGCUGAGUGAUAUCAACGAUUCGCGUCGGCAAAGUAUCCAGUCUCGCGGUGGGUUGAGUGACGCCAAGGCUCAGCAAGCCAGCAGCCAGGCCGUGAGCAAACUCUCACUUGAUGAGUGCACGGAGUCGUUCCUCGAGUCCGUCGCGAAGGACAAGGCAGCACGAACUCACGAUAAGCGACUGACGGCGAUGUUGUCCGUCCCGCCUUCUUUCAACAGCUCGAGGCACUACUCUUCCAUGUCUCGGCACUCCGACCAUCGCUGGUCCACGACGACGAGAAGUCGCUCGCCGGAGCAGCACGCGCCCCUUUCGCGACGCGAGAUUGCUCGGCUCCGCGCUCUGCUCCUGAGCUCCGGCGUCAUGGCCAUGGAGAUCGCCCGUCGCGCGAACCACGCCCGUCAUCUCUCCAUAGAACAGCCACGGCGCACACCCAGACGAGAGGAAGGAGACUCGGACGGGGACGCCAGCGACACGUCGUGCGGCAUAAACUGGCGCGAGAUCGCGGACCUCAGCGCAGACAGGAAGGCCUUAUGCGCGCAGGCCGUAUCUCCCGCGGACACGCUGCCCUUCGUCGGCGGUAUCCUCAACGACUCGGUCAAGACCUCGACGGAUAGAUGGCAAGCCUCGGCUGAUAAAUUCGCCCACGAGACGAGUCCCGGCCUGCACGCCGACCUCGAAGCCCUCCGCAUAAGACUCGGCGUGGACCUCUCGUCGAUGGCGCGCGCGGCUUGCGACGACGCCGACGAGACGAACCGCCAGGUCGCGCAGACGCAGAGGUUGCAGGUCAAGGUCGUGGUGGACGUCAUUGAGAAGAUGCUGCGUAGGAGACGGCGGCGGUUCAGAUGGGUUAGGAGGGGUCUGUGGCUGGGGGUUGAGUGGGUGCUUGUGGGGUUUAUGUGGUAUGUGUGGUUCGUAGUGAUGAUUCUCAGGGGUAUCUUGGGUAUUGGGACGGGAGCUGUCAGGGCUGUUAGAUGGCUCUUGUGGCUGUAG